CGCAUAUUCAUCAAAUUAGUCCCAAGAAAAGGCGUACGCCCUGCAUGACGCCUGAAAUCUGCCGUCCAUCCUCACUACUCAGCGUGCCCAGGUGUGGACUCCUUUCAAAAGCGGAAUCGGGAUGGCGCUAAUCCGAAACCAGCUAGGCGGCUCCUCACUUCUGGCAACUUCCCCAGGGCCACGAUCCAGUUGCCAUCCUUCUCCCACCACGCUUGCACCCCGUCGUUGCAACCCUUUCGCGCUCUCGGUUCUCGUCCCACAUCUCUCCACCCAAGCAGCAUGUUUCUCUUCCCAUAACCCGGAUUGCCCCGCCCAGGAAUCCCACACAACUUGCGCUGUCAGCAAUGAAUGUGCAUUUAGGCAGAAUAGCCAUGAUCUGCGAUUAGCUCCCGCUACCUCCACAUCAGCACGCGGGGCGUUCGGGGGAAAACACCCGGAAGGCGUUUCAAUCUUUCUCGAAGCUUGGCUCUGCUCGUAUAUAUAUCUUGUGCGACGAGCUCCUAUCUGCUUGAAGCGACAUGGAUCGUGCAGGAUGGGAAGGCCUGCGAGUUUUGGGCCGUGCAGCUUGAGAUCUGCGCGCGUCUCGCGGCGGACUCUCGCAACGCCCCUCCAGCAUGCGUCGCGCUGUUGACGUGGUGUGAAAAUCGAAAACCCGGUGGCAGUCUCUCAAGACGGCAGACUAGCGGGCUCUAGUGUUCUCCAGGCUUACCGAUCAGCCACUCGGCCCCGGCAGACGGCAAUAACAGCACCCAUCCGGCGAUGAAGCAUGUCACUUUUGAGCUGCCGACUCCUUCAAGCACUGGCGCCAAUAAGCUUAACCGAUCAAUUUAUCCGCCAUAGAGCUACGGUUCCAACGGGCAGGCCAUUCAGCGUCUCUCGAUG